CUACCUACUAUCUACCUAUCCUACCUACCUACUUGCCUGCCUGCGUACCUGCCUAACUGUCUACCUGUCUACCUGCCUACCUGCCUACCUGCCUACCUACCUACCUAUCUACCUACCUGCCUGCCUACCUGCCUGCCUACCUACCUACCUACCUACCUACCCUACCUACCUACCUACCUACCUACCUACCUACCUACCUACCUACCUACCUACCUACCUACCUACCUACCUACCUACCUACCUUCCUACCUACCUACCUACCUACCUACCUACCUACCUACCUACCUACCUACCUACCUACCUACCUACCGGCCUGCCUAUCUACCUACCUACCUACCUACCUACCUACCAACAUACCUACCUACAUACCUACCUACCGGCCUGCCUAUCUAUCUAACUUCCUACCUACCUACCUGCAUAACUGCCUACCUGCCUACCUGCCUGCCUGCCUGCCUUCCUGUCUACCUGCCUGCCUGCCUGCCUGCCUGCCUGCCUGCCUACCUACCUACCUACCUAUCUAUCUACCUACCAUCCUACCUACCUACUUGCCUGUCUGCUUACCUGCCUAACUAUCUACCUGUCUAGGUGUAUGCCUGCCUAACUACCUACCUACCUACCUACCUACUUACCUAUCUACCUACUUGCCUUCCUACCUUCCUACCUACCUACCUACCUGCCAACAUACCUACCUACAUACCUACCUACCUGCCUGUCCAUCUAACUUCCUACCUACCUACCUACCUGCCUGCCUGCCUGUCUGCCUGCCUAACUGCCUACCUGCCUAUCUGCUUUCCUGCCUGUCUGCCUACCUACCUGCCUACUAACCUGCCUGCCUACAAACCUAUAUGCCUACCCUCCUGCCUGCCUACCUACCAACCUAUCUACCUACCUGCCUGCCCACCUACCUACUUUACUUACUUGCCUGUCUGCCUGUCUAGAAAUAGCAUUUUAUUCAGCAAAAAAAGAAAGUUCCUUCGUACUUUCAUUUGAACAAUAAAGUAACAUUUUUAAAGAAUAUUAAUUUCUAACCAUUUUAUUUCUUCUCAAUAUUUUGUUUACUUCAUUAUUUAUACAUUUUUAGAAAAAAAUCAUACUUUACAAAAUAGAUACAUAUCGUCUUUGACAUGAUGAAAUGCUCAAACCUUAGAUGCAAAAUGAAUGAAGCGUUCAGAAGAAAAUCUUACCUUUCAACACAUUCAUCCUAAUAAAACAAUUCAAAUUAUUAUUAACUUACUUUAAAACGAAGAAAAUACAUUAUUGAAUUUACUACGAUUUACUAAAGUAAUACAGCAAUCCGUCCGCGUCCAGCGAAGACUGAAUUAUUCCCAGAUCACAAAUUACUGGUGUCUUAUCGAUUGCAGAAUUUAGCCAAUCAGCAUGUAGCGAUAUUUAUGUUGACAUGUUGUGGGCAGUACCAAAGUUUUCAAUAACAAGAAUGGGAUUAAAGAGGCCUUGAAAAUGAGUUGCUUGAUAAAUAAAAAAUGAGCAUCAGUUAUCCCUGGUUAUGAGAUGAAUUGGUUAAAUUGUUAACAAAGAAUAUCUAACAUUUGUUUUAAAUAUUUGGUUUCUCUAUUUUAGAAUUGCUGAAGUCCUGACAUAAUACUCAGUAGUCUAGAUAUAUUCUACUUUAGAAUGACUAUUGCAAUGUAUACCUAUAAAAUCUAUGUAUAAAAGUUGGAAAUUGUACAAUGAUGACACUUAAAAAAAUACAAUUAAAUACAAUUAACCAACCAAAUUGUAUGAUUUAAAAUGCUUCAAAAUAUAACCUUAAUGGAAUGUUAUUAUAAUUAUCAC